UUUUCCUUGCGGUUUUGAGCAGCCAGUAAAAAAUUUUGUAAAAUAUAAAUGCCGUAGUCUUUGCUAUUAUUCUCGUAUAUUGUAUUUAUUCAUAUUAAUUAAAAACCUUUUAAAAAAUUGUAAAUAGUUAUAAUUGUACAUAAAACUUAACCGGGUCGCAUGCUGCAAAAGUUAAAUUCUCGCAGCUAUUGGAGAUAAAUAUAAAAAAAACGACGAAGAAAAGUGAAUAAUAAAAAAUUUCAAGUGUAAAAAUCGAGCAGAAACGCAGGAAAAUAUCGAAAAAAGUAAUUUUACGAACAAUUUAUGGUCUAAAAACGAAUCGAGCGAAAAUUAAUACAACAGCAAAAAAAAAAAGAGGAACUAGAAUUUUUUAACAAAGUGUGUAUCGACAGCGAGCACGUACAAGAGACGCUAAGGCAAAGGGGUAAACAAAAAGUUUCGCCUCAUUUAUCGGGAAUUUUGAAUAAAAUCGAGCAGUAAUUGGGCGAUUCGCGUGCCGUCAAUUGUAAAUUUUUGUAUAAAGAUCAAUUUUUUUCACCGAGAUGAAGUUAUUGGGCAGUUCCGACGACAAUCGAGUUUCGCAAGUGCAAACUCGUGCUCAGGACGAUGCUGCUGUCGGCUACGGAUUUCAGAGACCUCCGGAUUUCUCGCAUUACGACAAAGACGGAUCCAGAUGGGCUUCCGGUGAUGACGGCAUAAUUGAGAAUCAAGACAAAUGGAAGUACAGUCUGCCGAUCAACACGAACAACUCGAAUUUGUUGCAGCAACAACAGGGAGGGCCUCUUGGCACGAUGCCAGGCGCAGCUCCCGGCAAUAAACAGCAGAGUCAACAGCCGAUGAUGAAUCCGCAACAAGCGGCGAUGAAUCCGUCACAACUUUUGAACCAUCAUUUGAGUGCGCAACAAGGGAUGCCGACGAUGCCCGGGAUUCAAAUGCAACAUCAAAUGCCGCAAUAUGGACACGAAUUGCAUCAAGGCAUGAAUUUGAAUGGCGUGCCAAAGCCUCAGGAUCAAGUUGUUUAUUUGGGAACGCAACCGCCGAUGGGAGUUAUGCCGCAUCAGAAUCAAUUUGCACGAACUGCACCUGCUAUUUCCUCAACAAACACGAAGAAAUUGUGGGAAAAGAGCGGAAUUUCUGACGUUCGUGUGCCAACUUCGGGUUCUCUUGGUCCUUUACAAUUGCACGGAGGUUCGGAUCACGCAGUUUGGCGCGAUUUGCCAUGGUCUGCACAAACCGACAACAUUCUUCAAUCACGCAGAGCUUUUGCUCAAGGUCACGAAUCCAUGAAUCCCGCCAUGAGUGCAGGAAUUUUGAGUCCUCGUGAUUCAACAGGCGGAUUAGGAGUAAAAAUGGUCGAAUAUGUGCUCGGCGGAUCGCCAACCAACAAAGAUAGUCCAUUGUCAGCUCUCGUUCCGCGCUUGAAUAAUCUCAAGUUUGACGAAAAUGAUAAGACAAACGACGAUAAAGAGAAGGGAAAUUCGCCUUUUGAUCACACAAAUGGUCUGAAAAAGCCCGAUGAUGGUACCGGACCUGGCGUUAUGGUUAAUGGCAUUGAUGACGAUAAGAGCUUCAAUCGCACUCCCGGAUCUCGUCAACCGUCUCCCGGCGAAGAGUCGUUAGCACGCAACACAAACCUACUUGACACUUCAUCGAUGCACGUUGGAAGCGGAUUCGCGCAACAUCCAGCAUUGCAACACAUGAUGAAUCAAAAUCACGAGCAACAUUUGAACUCGUAUCAUCCGCAUCAUCCCAUGAAUCAACUGAGUCAGAUGAAUCAAAUGAACCAGAUGGGACAAAUGGGCGGCAUGAAUCAAAUGCAAGGACCCAUGAUGAACGGGCAACAAAUGAUGCAACCACAAAACUCGUUGCUCAACCCCCAAAAUGCUCAAAAUGUGCAACAAUCGAUGGCAAAUAUGCAACAAACGGGCGUUCAAAACAUGCAGGGAAUGCAAAAUAUGCAAGGACCUCAUCAAGGGCAUCAACAACAAAUGCCGGGCGCUGAUAUGCUUCAACAAGCGCAGCAACAACAGGCUCAGCAGCAAUCUCAGCAACAGGGACAAAGCUUUGAUGUGCAGCAAUUAUUCCGAUCACAGAAUCCAACAAUCGCUGCUCCGAAUCAAGCUGCUCCAAAUGGCGCUCCUCCCAUGCCUCAAGCCUUACCGUUGGCUGCACAACAACAGUUUUUGGCACAAGCACAAGCGGGCGCUGCCUACGCUGCGACUCAACAACCUUACGUGAUAAAUCCGGGACAAGAGGGACCUUAUGUGAACAUUGUCCCUGGAUAUUAUGGCAUGGCGCCAUGGGGAAUGUAUCCGGCGAAUUUGAUUCCGCAACAAGGCGCUCAACCGAGAAGACCUUUGACGCCGAAUCAACAAACUGCUGCCGCUGCCGCGACAAUGACACCUGCUGUUCAAGGAGCAGAUCAACAGCCUUAUCAGAUGAUGGCGUUUUACGAUCAAAACGGAUCUUUGGUAAUGGGACCAAGAACGGGAACGCCAAUGCGUUUAGUUAGUCCUGCGCCGCAAGUUUUAGUUCCUCCGGGAGCUGCGAGAGCGCCUCAAGCUCCUCCUGCGAUAUAUCCUCCUCAGCAAGUGCAACAAAAUCCGAUGAAUCAAUCACAGAACGGAUAUAAUGUUUCAGGCGGCGGAUUAUUCGCUCCUCAAACAGUCGGCGGAAGUUUGGGCACAUUAGGAAGCCCCGCGCAAUCAGGACUUGCCUUAAACACAUCAUCCAUCACAGGUCGUCGUGACUCCUUUGAUCGCAAUACAUCUGCCUUCAGUCCUUCGCUCGAUUACACAUCGGGACGCGUCAAUAAUCCCGCAUUAAAAUGGCCCGUCAACAAUUACGGAGGAUUAACAACCGCAGCUGCCUCAGCAAGUCCCUUGGGAACUCCCUUAACGCCUCCGCCGCCAUCUUCGGGUCUCGGAUCUCUCGUAACGUCACGUGCUCCGGGCGCCGAAACGAAAUAUCGCAACAUCAAUCAACUCACGGCAGGCGGCAUGGCGUCAAAUGGCAUGUUUGGAAAUCCCGCAAUUGCUGUUGCGAAUCCCGCACAAUCUCUCUUCCCGAAAAUGGCUGCAAAUCCCGCAGCUCGAGCAUCAGCUGUCGCUCCCGUUUCAGCAAAUGCUGUUCAAGCGAAUGCCGCUUCGGCAGCAGGAGGCGAUAAAGCUCCGGGACGUUCUCGUUUGCUCGAAGAUUUCCGCAAUCAGCGAUAUCCGAAUUUGCAGUUGCGCGAUUUGACGAAUCACAUUGUCGAAUUUAGCCAAGAUCAACAUGGCUCGAGAUUUAUUCAGCAAAAACUCGAACGCGCAACGGCUGCGGAAAAGCAACUUGUCUUCAAUGAAAUUCUCGGAGCUGCUUACAGCUUAAUGACUGACGUUUUUGGCAACUAUGUGAUACAGAAAUUCUUCGAGUUUGGUACGCCCGAACAAAAGGCAACGCUUGCCUCUCAAAUUAAGGGACACGUUUUGCCUCUUGCCUUACAAAUGUACGGAUGUCGUGUGAUCCAAAAGGCGCUCGAGAGCAUUUCCGCCGAACAACAACAAGAAAUUGUCCGGGAACUCGAUGGGCAUAUCCUGAAAUGCGUCAAAGAUCAAAAUGGCAAUCACGUUGUGCAAAAAUGCAUCGAAUGCGUUGAGCCGGUUGCUUUGCAAUUUGUCAUAAAUGCCUUCAGUGGGCAAAUUUAUUCGUUGAGUACACAUCCGUAUGGUUGUCGGGUCAUUCAACGCAUCCUUGAACAUUGCACGGCGGAACAAACGGCGCCAAUUCUCGCAGAGCUCCAUUCACACACCGAACAACUCAUUCAGGAUCAAUAUGGAAAUUACGUCAUUCAGCAUGUGUUAGAACAUGGCAAACCGGAAGAUAAGUCUACAUUAAUUAAUCAUGUACGUGGCAAAGUUUUAGUAUUGUCUCAGCAUAAAUUUGCAUCAAAUGUGGUCGAAAAAUGUGUAACACACGCCACACGUUCGGAACGUCAAUUCCUCAUUGAAGAAGUCUGCACGUUUAAUGAAGCCGGCUUGCAAGUUAUGAUGAAAGAUCAGUUCGCCAACUAUGUGAUCCAGAAGAUGAUUGAUGUCUCGGAACCGACGCAACGCAAACAAUUGCUCCACAAGAUCCGACCUCACUUGAAUACGCUCCGCAAAUACACGUAUGGCAAGCACAUCAUCGCCAAACUCGACAAAUUCUCGAUGAAAGCUUCGAAUCCCCUUGGAUCGACAGUGACAAGCGCCGCCGCUGCUACCGCGAUUGCCGCUUCAGCAGCUCAAGCGGCAGCAAAUGCCGUUGCUGCAUCGUCUCCCGUGACGUCAGUUGCUGCGACAGGAAAUCCAACGACAACUACAACAGCUUCAGCGACAGAAACGUCAACAGUUGUCACGAGUAGCACAACGUCAUCGUCGUCGGCGUCUUCGUCGUCGUCAUCCGUUACAACAUCCGUGAAUAACACGAGUCUCGGACCAAUUGGACCUCCAGCAACAACAAAUGGCGUGAUGUAAGUCGCUCGCCGUUGAAAAAAAAACAGAGAACGACUUUUUUGACAAGUAACUAAUUACUAUAUUAGAUGUAAAAUUUGAUUAAUUAUUGUAAAAUUGUAUAAAAUUUCCUCCAAACGCCUCUGCCCAAGCAAACAGCAUGCAUCGAUCAUCAUUGAAAAGACUCGCGACGAGAAUGAGAUUAUAAAAUUUUAUAUUUAUUAUUUUUUUUAAACGGCUAAAAUAAGCAAGACUUAAAAAAUGACGAUUAAAGAUUACAAAAGCUUUUUCCCAUCACGAUUCGAUCAAAAAUCAAAAAAAAAACACAUGAACAGCAGGACCUACAACAAUUUUUACACAAUUUUAUUCGUUUUAAAUUUUUUUGAUGUAUAAUUUUUAUAUUUAAUUAAGAAAAAAAAAUAUUUUUACCCCUUUAAAACAUUUUUUUGUGACGAAAAAUAAUUGAUGCAUUUUUAUCCGUAAAUCAAUCAAUAUUUGAAAAAAAAAAGUUAAACGAAUCACGCCCGCCCGAGACUAAUUGAAUUUUCGUAGAAUUUCAGUUA